AUGCGGCUCGACAUCAAGAGGCAACUCUUUGCCCGCUCCGAGCGGGUGAAGGGUAUCGACUUCCACCCCACAGAGCCAUGGAUCCUGACCACCUUGUACAGCGGUCACGUUUACAUUUGGUCAUACGAGACACAGUCAAUUAUCAAAACAUUCGAGCUCACCGAUGUCCCUGUUCGUGCCGGUCGAUUCAUCGCGCGGAAGAACUGGAUCGUUUGCGGUUCGGACGACUUCCAGCUCCGUGUCUAUAACUACAAUACCUCCGAGAAGAUUACAUCCUUCGAAGCACACCCGGACUACAUCCGUUCAAUUGUUGUCCAUCCGACUCUGCCUUACAUUCUCACCGCCAGUGAUGAUAUGACCAUUAAGUUGUGGGAUUGGGAGAAGAAUUGGAAGUGUGUUCAGGUCUUUGAGGGUCACAGCCACUAUGUGAUGGGAAUGGCGAUUAACCCAAAGGACACGAACACUUUCGCAAGUUCUUGCCUUGAUCGAACUGUCAAAAUUUGGAGCCUUGGCUCGCCCCACGCCAACUCGACCCUCGAGGCGCACGAAACAAAGGGUGUAAACCACGUCGACUACUACCCCGGAGCCGAUAAACCAUAUCUCUUGACCACCAGCGAUGAUAAGACAAUCAAAGUUUGGGACUACACCACCAAAGCACUUGUCGCAACAUUGGAGGGCCACACUAGCAAUGUCUCUUUUGCGUGCUACCACCCUGAAUUGCCCGUCAUUAUUUCAGGUUCGGAAGAUGGAACAAUCAAGAUCUGGCACGCGAACACCUACCGCCUGGAGCAGUCACUAAGCUAUGGUUUGGAGCGCGCAUGGUGUGUUGCCUACCAGAGGGGCCGACAGGGCGUUGCAAUGGGUUUCGACGAUGGUGCAGUUGUUGUGAAAAUGGGCCGCGAGGAACCCGCAGUCUCGAUGGACGGAUCCGGUAAGCUCAUUUGGGCCAGACACAGCGAGGUGGUCUCGUCUGUCAUUAAGGGUAGUGAAGCGAGCCUGAAGGACGGUGAACCCCUUUCAUUGCCGGCCAAGGAUCUGGGAACCUGCGAGGUAUACCCACAAACUUUGACCCAUUCACCAAAUGGACGUUUCGUCUCCGUUUGUGGCGAUGGCGAAUACAUAAUUUACACAGCGUUAGCAUGGCGCAACAAGGCCUUCGGUCAAGCUCUGGAUUUUGCCUGGGGCUCCAAGGACAACAGCAAUGAUUACGCCAUCCGUGAAUCCGCAACAAGUGUCAAAAUCUUCAAGAACUUCAAGGAGCAACCCGGUGGCCUUGACGUCGGAUUCCAAGCCGAGGGGCUGACUGAUGGUGUGCUACUUGGCGUCAAGGGCCAAGGUGGCAUUGGUCUUUUCGAUUGGGAGUCCGGUAGCUUGGUCCGACGAAUUGAAGUUGACCCUAAGAAUGUCUACUGGUCUGAGUCUGGCGAACUUGUCACACUCGCGUGUGAGGACGCUUUCUACGUUUUGAGGUACUCGAAAAAGGCCUUUAUCGAAGGUGUCAACAACGGGGAGGCCGAUGAAGAUGGUGUCGAGGCGGCUGUCGAGCUUGUCGCUUCUAUUAACGAGACAAUCACAAGUGCCUGCUGGGUGGGAGACGUUCUCAUUUUCUCGAGCUCUACAAACCGUUUGAACUAUCUCGUUGGAGACCAGGUCAUCUCGAUCAGCCACAUGGACCAACCGGCCUAUGUUCUUGGAUAUCUCCCUCGUGAUGGUCGAAUCUACUUAUGUGACAAGGACGUUAAUGUCGUUUCAUUCGGCCUGUCCCUCAGCAUGGUUAGCUACCAGACUGUCGUUCUGCGCGGUGAUAUGGAAACAGCCGCCGAAUUACUCGAAGAUGUGCCCCAAGAUCAAAUGAACAAGGUCGCCCGUUUCCUUGAGGGCCAAGGAUACAAGGAAAUGGCCCUUGAAGUUGCCACAGAUCCCGAACACCGCUUCGACCUGGCCCUAUCACUUAACGAUCUUGAAACUGCCCUCCAGAUUACUCGCGACGCGAAGGUCGAGAACAGCCACCGAUGGAAGCUUCUUGGCGACAAGUCUAUGGAGUCUUGGAACCUUGCUCUUGCUGAGGAGUGCUUUGUCAACUCGAAAGAUUUCGGCUCUCUUUUACUGCUACACACUGCCAGCAACAACCGUACAGGCCUCCGUGCCCUCGUUGCUCAAGCCUCCGAGGCAGGCCUACACAACGUUGCCUUCUCUGCUCUCUGGUCCCUUGGUGAUGUCGAUGGUGGCAUCGACCUGCUCGUCCAGACCAGCCGCAUUGCCGAGGCUGUCUUCUUCGCCCAGACUUACAAGCCCAGCCGUGCACCCGCACUUGUUGUCCAGUGGAAGGAGUCUCUUGAUGCCUCAGGCAAGUCUAAGGUCGCUCGUCUGAUCGGAGUUCCACCAGGAGCCCCUGAUGUUGCUUCGACAGACGAUGACCUGUUCCCAGAGUGGGACGAGUACAUCCGUCUGGAGAAAGAGGGCGUUCCCGAGCCUCCGUCAUCCGAGUCUCUGAUCGAUAUUAACGCGGACGACGAUAACGAGCCCGCAAGUGCGACAAACGGGGGUCCUGAGGUGGAAGGCGAAGCCGAGCCUGGAGAGGAGGCGGAGGAGGAGACCGAGGCCGAUGCUGAGGCUGAGGAGUAA